AUGUGUGCCAGUGUCUCAUUCAGCGGAAGCAUAGUUCUUUUGGUCAGGAGCGCUCAGAAGCAUGCUCAUUGCGUAUCAUCUUCUCGAAGCUUGCUGUUUCCAGUUAAGGAAUUCUGUCGUAGAGCCAGGAACGGCCGUAGCGCUAUCGCUGUCACUAAAGCCACUAUUACAGGCGAGCCGUCUACGCAAAUGACCUUGAAGACAUUUCACUUCGCUGGUGUCGCCACCAUGAACGUCAUACUUGGAGUGCCACGAAUCAAGGAAAUAAUUAAUGCUGUAAAAGCUAUUAGCACUAUGGGCAUGUCAAUGAUGGUUAUUCGUUCACAGACUGGAUCGAAGUUGAGUAAGGCAAACACCGUCCAGAUAACGGAAGCACACGACUUAACAAAGGGUCGUCAUGAAAGGUUUGCUGAACAUGAAGCGCCGUGUGAUUCAUGCCGACGAGAACGUGGCGAUGGUUCAGCAUCAUUAGAAAAGGCAGCAGUUUCCGUGGUGUACUUCUCAGCCAGGAAUCUAUGGCCUUCUCACAAACUUUAA